GAUGUCUGCCCUGCGGAGUUCAGUCAGGGCGGGCACCUACGGCGGCACAAGCGAGCACACACGGGAGAGAAGCCAUACAAGUGCGAUGUCUGCCCUGCGGAGUUCAGUCAGGGCGGGAACCUACGGCAGCACAAGCGAGCACACACGGGAGAGAAGCCAUACAAGUGCGAUGUCUGCCCUGCGGAGUUCAGUCAGGGCGGGAACCUACGGCAGCACAAGCGAGCACACACUGGAGAGAAGCCAUACAAGUGCGAUGUCUGCCCUGCGGAGUUCAGUCAGGGCGGGAACCUACGGGAGCACAAGCGAGCACACACGGGAGAGAAGCCAUACAAGUGCGAUGUCUGCCCUGCGGAGUUCAGUCAGGGCGGGAACCUACGGCAGCACAAGCGAGCACACACGGGAGAGAAGCCAUACAAGUGCGAUGUCUGCCCUGCGGAGUUCAGUCAGGCAGGGCACCUACGGCAGCACAAGCGAGCGCACACGGGCGAGAAGCCAUACAAGUGCGAUGUCUGCCCUGCGGAGUUCAGUCAGGGCGGGAACCUACGGCAGCACAAGCGAGCACACACGGGAGAGAAGCCAUACAAGUGCGAUGUCUGCCCUGCAGAGUUCAGUCACGGCGGGAACCUACGGCAGCACAAGCGAGCACACACGGGAGAGAAGCCAUACAAGUGCGAUGUCUGCCCUGCGGAGUUCAGUCAGGGCUGGCACCUACGAGGGCACAAGCGAGCACACACGGGAGAGAAGCCAUACAAGUGCGAUGUCUGCCCUGCGGAGUUCAGUCAGGGCGGGCACCUACGGCAGCACAAGCGAGCACACACAGGAGAGAAGCCAUACAAGUGCGAUGUCUGCCUUCCGGAGUUCAGUCAGGGCGGGAACCUACGGGAGCACAAGCGAGCACACACGGGAGAGAAGCCAUACAAGUGCGAUGUCUGCCCUGCGGAGUUCAGUCAGGGCGGGAACCUACGGCAGCACAAGCGAGCACACACGGGAGAUAAGCCAUACAAGUGCGAUGUCGGCCCUGCGGAGUUCAGUCAGGGCGGGAACCUACGGCAGCACAAGCGAGCACACACGGGAGAGAAGCCAUACAAGUGCGAUGUCGGCCCUGCGGAGUUCAGUCAGGGCGGGAACCUACGGCAGCACAAGCGAGCACACACGGGAGAGAAGCCAUACAAGUGCGAUGUCUGCCCUGCGGAGUUCAGUCAGGGCGGGAACCUACGGCAGCACAAGCGAGCACACACAGGAGAGAAGCCAUACAAGUGCGAUGUCUGCCUUCCGGAGUUCAGUCAGGGCGGGAACCUACGGGAGCACAAGCGAGCACACACGGGAGAGAAGCCAUACAAGUGCGAUGUCUGCCCUGCGGAGUUCAGUCAGGGCGGGAACCUACGGCAGCACAAGCGAGCACACACGGGAGAGAAGCCAUACAAGUGCGAUGUCUGCCCUGCGGAGUUCAGUCACGGCGGGAACCUACGGCAGCACAAACGAGCAAGAAACAAAGAUGUACAAAUGAAAAAAGACGCGAUAGCGAACAACACAGUUCCAAGCAGUACUGCUGAAAGCGCGGGCAUGUACGGCUGGAUCAAGAUUGUAAAUCUUCAGAAGAACGCUGAUAAGACAGCACACCCGCUAGCACCCUCUCCACAGACGAAAAGAAAAGCCGGGAGUACUGCUGUCGAAAAACACGCGGCAUUAGGCUGCAAUAUGGAUAGAUUUGAUCCACUAAGGCGUUAG